GAAAUCUACACCCCCCUGCUGAAUGAAAUUAUUAUGCAUGACUUCCAAUUCUUUAUGCGGCAUAGUGUACCGCACAUCCCACAUUCUCUCUUGCUUUUAGCUAUCCAGCCGCCAGUAAAUCCUCUUUAUUUUAGUGAGUAAUAUUAGGCACCUGUCUGUGAAUCUUCAAUAUGAUCCAGUUAUUCUUGAUGUGACCUACAUCAGGAGCAGCACGCUCGCGCUCGGGCAUCCCUCUUUUAUAUCUGACGCCAUAGCAACGCUACGCCGAAGCAGUGAUGCGCGCUUUCUUCAAUACCGCGAGGACAAGGAGAUACAACACCAUCGCGUUCACUGUCUAAUGUCGGAGUGUAUUUACUGCGAGUAUCGAUGACAAAACCUACAACCGGAGACAGCUAGGAGGGUCCGUACAUUCAUGCCAACAUUCCUGUUCAAGUUUGGAAAUACGAUCCAAGAGCUAGAGUGAGAAAGAGAGACCAUGAGCAGCUGAUACACUGCAGCUAAAAAUAAUAUUCCCUGUGAAUUACUCUCUCUAACACCAGCAACGGGCAUGAAAAGCUACUAAAGCAGAGCAAUUAUUUUGGCUCCUUUAGCCCAGUCAGGUGACAUGGCCUUGUCUUUCUGUGGGAACGACAGAGGUAGUAAUGCCUACAGUGUGGACGAUGGAGUCCUGGACAAUGGCUGCUUCGUGGACGCCCUCAACCUCGUCCCUCAUGUAUUUCUUCUCUUCAUCACCUUCCCCAUCCUGUUCAUUGGUUGGGGUAGCCAGAGCUCAAAGGUGCAGAUCCAUCAUAACACCUGGCUGCACUUUCCUGGCCACAACCUGCGCUGGAUCCUCACCUUCACACUGCUGUUUGUGCAUGUGUGCGAGAUCGCCGAGGGAAUCGUCUCCAAUACGCAGAUGGAGUCCAAUCACUUGCACCUCUUCAUGCCAGCACUGAUGGGCUUCAUAGCGGCCACAACAUCAGUCGUAUAUUAUCACAAUAUAGAAACUGCCAAUUUCCCCAAACUGCUGCUGGCCUUAUUUAUUUAUUGGAUUCUGGCUUUCAUCACCAAGAUGAUAAAGUUAUGGAAGUUUGCAGAGGCGAGCUUGGGGGUGAAACAUCUCCGUUUCUGUAUCACAGCUUUGCUAGUGGUGCUGUACGGCCUGCUCAUGGCUGUCGAGAUCAACGUUAUCAGAGUCAGGAAGUACGUGUUCUUUGCGAACCCCCAGAGGGUGAAGCCCCCAGAAGACUUGCAAGACUUGGGAGUGCGAUUUCUCCAGCCCUUCGUCAACCUCCUCUCCAAGGCGACAUACUGGUGGAUGAACCCGCUCAUCAUUGGAGCCCACAAGAGACCCAUUGAGCUGAAGAAGAUUGGCAAACUGCCAAUCGCAAUGAGGGCCUUGACUAACUAUAUGCGUCUUAAAGACUCCUAUGAGGAACAGCGGCAGAAAACAGAGGACCCAGAGAAAUCCCCAUCCAUCUGGAAGUCCAUGUACCGGGCAUUUGGUGGGUCAAUACUCCUCAGCAGCACUUUCCGGUACAUGGCGGACUUGCUGGGCUUUGCCGGACCACUCUGCAUCUCUGGAAUUGUGGAACACCUGCAUAAUUCAACAGAGAUUGACAGGACAAACAAGACAGCAAACAUGACUUUCGGGGUGUACUUCAUGUCUUCCACUGAGCUGCUUCAGAAUACGUCUGUUCUGGCGGUUCUGCUGUUCCUGGCGCUCGUGCUGCAGCGAACAUUCCUGCAGGCCUCCUACUACGUCACAAUAGAAACCGGCAUUAACCUGCGUGGGGCGCUGCUUGCAAUGAUCUACAAUAAAAUUCUGCGUCUCUCCACUUCAAACAUGUCCAUGGGAGAGAUGACUCUCGGCCAGAUCAACAAUCUCGUUGCCAUAGAAACCAAUCAGCUCAUGUGGUUUCUUUUCUUAUGCCCCAACCUGUGGGCCAUGCCAGUUCAGAUUAUUAUGGGAGUGAUCCUGCUGUAUUAUUUGUUGGGUGACAGCGCGUUGAUAGGAGCCGGCGUCAUUUUGCUGCUGGCCCCGGUUCAGUACCUCAUCGCUACCAAGUUGGCAGACACACAGAAGAGCACACUGGACUACUCAACAGACCGUCUUAAAAAGACUACAGAGAUCCUAAAAGGAAUAAAGCUGCUGAAGCUCUAUGCAUGGGAGAACAUCUUCUGUGACCGUGUAGAAGAAACCAGAGAAAAAGAGCUGACCAGUCUCAAGACUUUUGCUCUCUACACUUCAAUGUCCAUAUUUAUGAAUGCUGCUAUCCCCAUUGCUGCAGUUUUGGCGACCUUUGUCACACAUGCCUAUAUUGAAGAGGACAGGCUCAGUCCAUCCAAGGCGUUUGCCUCUUUGGCUCUAUUCCACAUCUUGGUCACUCCACUCUUCCUGUUAUCCACAGUGGUCAGGUUUGCUGUCAAGGCCCUUGUCAGUGUACAGAAGCUCAGCGAGUUCCUGCAAAGUGAUGAGAUUGGAGACGACAGCUGGAGAAACGGAGAAAUGUCCAUGUCUCUAGAGGUCGGCAAGAAAUACAAAUACCAUGGGGAUACGAAGGCUAUCAACAGGAAGGGCCGUUAUCGUAUGGAUAACUACGAGCAGCCCAUGCGCAGGCAGCUGCGGCCCACAGAGACCGAAGAUGUCGCUGUACAGGUGAAUGAUGGCUUCUUCACAUGGGGAAGCAAUUUGUCGACGCUGACUGACAUCAACAUCCGAAUCCCUACAGGUCAGCUGACCAUGAUUGUGGGCCAAGUGGGUUGUGGGAAAUCCUCCCUGUUAUUGGCCAUGCUGGGGGAGAUGCAGACAAUCAGUGGGAAAGUCUACUGGAGCAAGCUGCCUGAUUAUGAGAUACUCUUCGAUGGGAGCAUAAGUAAAAACAGGUACUCUGUGGCCUAUGCAACGCAGAAGUCGUGGCUGCUGAACGCCACUGUAGAGGAAAACAUCACGUUUGGAAGUCCUUUCAAUAAACAGAGAUACAAAGCAGUGAUUGAUGCCUGCUCGCUUCAACCAGAUAUUGACCUCCUUCCUUUUGGAGACCAGACUGAAAUUGGAGAACGGGGUAUUAACCUCAGUGGUGGUCAGCGACAACGGAUCUGUGUGGCCAGAGCUCUAUAUCAGAACACCAACAUUGUUUUCCUGGAUGACCCGUUCUCUGCCCUGGACAUCCACCUCAGUGAUCAUCUGAUGCAGGAGGGGAUACUGAAGUUCCUUCAGGAUGACAAACGGACAGUGGUCUUGGUCACUCAUAAACUGCAGUACCUCAUCCAUGCUGACUGGAUAAUAGCCAUGAAGGACGGUUCUGUGCUGAGAGAGGGGAUUAAAGACAUCCAGACACAUGAUGUGGAACUCUAUGAGCACUGGAAGACCCUGAUGAACAGACAAGACCAGGAGCUUGAAAAGGAGACUGAAAUGGAGAGUCAGACCACUCUGGAGAGGAAGACUUUGAGGAGAGCAUUCUAUUCCAGAGAGGCGAAGAACCAGAUUGACGAUGAGGAUGAAGAGGAGGAGGUGGAAGAGGAUGACGAUGACAACAUGUCCACCACCACCAGCCGCCGUUCUAAGAUCCAGUGGAAGAUGUGCUGCCGUUACCUUUCCUCAGGUGGCUUCCUGAUGGUCUUCCUGAUGGUGUCGUCCAAGCUGGCCAAGCACUCGGUUAUGGUGGCCAUCGACUACUGGCUAGCGGCUUGGACGUCCUCAAACCCACAUAACCAAAGUCUCGCAAAUCCAUUUCUCAAUGCAACCAAUUACACAUGGAAUGAUGACACACAGAUCGCUCAGCAUCACUCCUAUGUGCCAGUCUUUAUUAUCCUGUGUGGAGCAGCGAUAGUACUUUGUCUCAUCACUUCCUUAACUGUGGAGUUUCUAGGAGUGGCUGCAGCUACAAACCUCCAUCACAACCUCCUCAACAAGAUCAUUCACGCUCCCAUCAGAUUCUUUGAUGUCACCCCGCUUGGACAAAUCCUGAACCGUUUCUCAGCGGACACCAACAUCAUUGAUCAGCACAUUCCUCCGACACUAGAGUCUCUCACUCGCUCCACUCUACUCUGUCUCUCAGCGAUUGGGGUCAUUGCUUUCGUCACCCCUGCCUUCCUAAUUGCACUGGUGCCACUUGCUGUGGCUUUCUACUUUAUUCAGAAGUACUUCCGGGUUGCUUCCAAAGAUUUGCAAGAUCUCGAUGACUCCACUCAGCUGCCUCUUCUCUGUCAUUUCUCUGAGACUGCAGAGGGCCUUACCACCAUUCGAGCAUUCAGGCACGAGGCUCGCUUUAAACAGCGGAUGUUGGAGCUAACUGACACCAACAACACGGCCUACCUGUUUCUCUCUGCUGCCAACCGGUGGCUGGAGGUCAGAACUGAUUAUCUGGGUGCUGUGAUUGUCCUCACUGCAGCAGUGGCAGCGAUCUGGUCCACAUCUCAGUCUGGACUGGUUGGACUUGGUUUAACAUAUGCUCUCACUGUGACAAACUACCUGAACUGGGUGGUGAGGAAUCUGGCAGACCUGGAGGUCCAGAUGGCUGCGGUAAAGAAAGUCAACAGCUUCCUCAGCACAGAAUCUGAGAACUAUGAGGGAUCCAUGGAUGUCUCACAGGUACCGGAAGACUGGCCGCAGCAUGGAGAGAUAAAGAUCCAUGAUUUGUGUGUCCGUUAUGACACCAUGCUCAAACCCGUCCUCAAACACGUCAAUGCAUACAUCAACCCUGGGCAAAAGGUGGGCAUCUGUGGCAGAACGGGCAGUGGAAAGUCUUCCCUGUCUCUGACCUUCUUCAACAUGGUGGAUGUUUUCGAAGGAAAGAUUGUUAUUGAUGGCAUUGACAUCUGCAAGCUUCCACUCCAAACCCUGAGAUCCCGUCUGUCAAUCAUUCUACAGGAUCCAGUGCUGUUCAGCGGCUCCAUCCGGUUAAAUCUUGACCCCGAGUGCACUUGCACUGAUGACAGGCUUUGGGAAGCACUUGAAAUCGCUCAGUUGAAGAAUAUGGUGAAAGCACUCCCAGGAGGAUUGGAUGCUGUGGUGACAGAAGGAGGGGAGAACUUCAGCGUGGGACAAAGACAGCUCUUCUGUCUUGCACGGGCCUUUGUCCGCAAAAGCAGCAUCCUAAUUAUGGAUGAGGCGACAGCUUCUAUAGACAUGGCCACGGAAAAUAUUCUUCAGAAAGUGGUGAUGACUGCAUUUGCUGAUCGGACGGUUGUCACUAUAGCACAUCGUGUCCACACUAUCCUGACGGCUGAUCUAGUCAUUGUGAUGAAGCGAGGAAGCAUCAUGGAGAAUGGAAAACCAGAGAUUCUCAUGGAACAAGAGGAUGGCUUAUUUGCAUCCUUCGUCAAAGCCGACAUGUAGUCACUCAUCUCCGUCACCACAUUGGUUUAUACCACUUUUGGCCUUAUGAAAAAAAUGGCAGCCAUUUUUGGGAGUUGCAUCGGAAAGGACUCAACUACACACAGACUCUGAACUGUUAUUGUUUUAUAUGAAGCGCAGUAUUAGACUCUUUUUUAGCAUUUUCUUACCUUAUACGGCUCUUUUUCUAAGCUGAUUAUGCGUGUACUCUGAAACGCAUAAGCAAUAAAUAUUUAUCUACUGUGUUUUGAUUAGUACCAACACUGUACAGAGCACGUCUGUCCGGUUGAGGCCUGACGCUCGUCUGUCUGUCUGAAGUGCAUUGCUGAUACAGAUUUAGGGAAGGAGGACAAAUAUAGCUGGCUCCCCAAAGCCCGCACCCUCACAUGCCUGUGGUUGUACUCUGGACAGAAUCGUGAGCCCUCACUUUCUGGGGAGUCCUGCAAUGUCCACCAGAUCAACCCUAAUGUGUUAUUCACACCCUAUAUACAAAACUGAUUGUAUUUUAUACUUUGUACUGUAUUCCUCUUAUGCAAAUUACUUAAUCAAAAACCUAUUUUUAGUGUUUUGUUUUUUUAUUCCUUUGGUGACAAUGUUGUGUCAGUCUUAGUUAAGAAAUAUUCCGGUUUUUUUCCUUAUCCAAAACCCUAAGAGGGUGGAUUUCACAAAAACUGUCCAGGUCGUAUUUCACCAAUUUUGAACUAAAAAUAAAAUAAAAUGGAAGACUAUGCCUUUUUAGGAACAUUUCUUUUUAAAUGUAAAAUAAAAUAAAAAAUGAUAUAUAUACACACACACAAACACACACAGAAAGAUUUAAUGUAAUAUACUAAUACAUUUAUUAUUAUUAUUAUAUACACAUACAUAAAUACAUAUUUUAAUUUAUUUUUUUCCACAAUAAAAUAGAAAAGUAUGGCCCUUUUUUAAAAA